GACUACUAUGGACAGCAGUGAGGGUGAGGUCGGCGGGUCCUCGGGUGGUGGCGUCUCCGAUCUUCGUGAGCGACUGCAUAACAUACUGGUGUGCGUUGUGUGCCGCGAGGUUCCACAACCACACGACUUCUAUCAGUGCAGCCAUGGGCAUAUCAUGUGUGAGGACUGCAAGACCGCCGUUCUGGCUGUUGCCAUCUUCAAUAAAACGCGUGCCUGCUGCCCAAGUUGUCGAUCGCUCAUUAGAAACUACGAUCAGGAGCAGAAUCUAGUGGUGCGCCAGACCCUCUGGGAGCUACCCAUCAGCUGCCCCAGCUGCAAUGACCAGUUCUCAGAUAGGAAAGAUCUCUCCAGACACUUGGAGUUCGUUUGUGAGGGGCGUGUGGUUUGCUGGAAGUACCACUGCGUGGGCUGUUCUUGGAAGGGCUCCUACAAGGACAGCGUCUCACAUGAUUCCGACUGUGGGUUUCCCCAGAAGCAGGGAAAGGAGAUCCUAGAUAUUCUGCUGCAUGUCGAAGACAGGGAGCUUGAGGCCCAAAAGCCCGUGUUGCAGCUCCAUCGGGUGCUGAGUGCUAGCCGGGUGGAAUUUUUCACCUUGAGAAUGAAGUGGAUACACCGCUCAGAGGGUUUUGGAGAACCAGAACUCGUCUGCAGCAUACCUCUGAUGAUCUCUUAUCCCGAUCCCCACAGACGAUUCGUGCCUUUGAGGAGGAUUGGGUGCUGCGUCUACGUCUGAAAAGAGCUGGGGAAAAAAUCACCGUCAGCGGCCAGCUAUUGCUUUCGACUACCCCACGAGUGUCCCUCAUGGUUGACCAUUUGAUCCAGAUGCCGCAGAGUGUCUGCAGCGCCAAGCAGCUGCACGACAUACGUCCGCGUAUCUACCGCCAUAUUUUCGAUUCAACCGGCAAGUGCGCAAAGCGCCAGGAGCUUCCCUUGGCGGGACCUCAGGCCCUGUACCGGCUAUUUGCCAUGACCCGGAUCCAGCUCCGUUUGUGGAUGUUUUUGCAUUAUUGAGCUGACGCUAAAAACCUUUAAAUUGUAGUUUAAACCUUUAUUGGGCACA